AUGGCUAAUCCUGUGGACAUGGAGGUCGAGGACGACGACCCAGUUGUGGCCGAGUACGAUGUCUACAUCACGCCCGACAUGGCCGAGCAGGAGCUGUAUGUGUUACAGUACAUCAACCGUCCCCCAGACAAGAAGCUCACCAAGGAAUUCGGGAGCAAGCCAUCCGAAGUGCGCUUGAAGAAAGAGUCGGGCUUCAUUGAGGUCGACGUUCCGCUCAACAUCCAUGAAAACUUCAACCGCGUUACUGGUGUCCAGUAUGGCGAGGCCAUGCGCAAGACCAAGGGCUUUGGCCAAAAGGCCUUCGGUAUCGCCUCUGGCUUCGAGCGGACUAUGCCCCGCAGCACCAACCGCCCUGGCGCCACGGGUGAAGGAGCCCCAGCUGCGCCCGUUGCGACCGUGGACGACGACAACUUGGAAGAUUACGUUGCCAAUUUCGAGGAUGCGAAUGAAAAGGGCCAUGUACUCAAUGUACAGACGUUUGGCGGCCAGAUCAUGUCGGACGAUGGCAAGGGGCCCACUUACAUGCUAGGCGCUUUCCGCGAUAACGAACUCCACCUCACACGUUGCAACGGUCUCAUCCAGCUCCGAACACAGUUUCACCACAUUGAUGCCUCUGCCCAGCUCGAAGCAGUCCAGCGCCGCCGCGAGAAGGAGUCACAAGAGGGCGCCAAGGUCGCUGAGCCCAAGGCCUUCCUCGCACAGGUCAAGAAGACCGGGGGUGAUACAGCUGCAGAAUUGACUCAGGCUUUCAUGAAGGCGACCAACCAAGAACAAUGGCAGAAGCUGAACUAUUACGACGAGCAGGACAACAGGGCCUUCAACGCCUAUGACGAGCGCCUAUUCCUCCAAGACGUCGCAAACGCUCCCAAGCUCCAAUCAAAGCAUAACAACAACGACUUCCUCGAUACCAUCAGCGGCAAAGGCGGCAGAAAGAAGGCCAAACGCGGCGGCACCGAGGAGCCCAUUGAGAUAUCAGACAACUCGCAAUCGGAGCUUGAUGAAGACGAUGAAGAAGAAGAAGCCGAAGAGGCGCAAGUGAGUUGA